AUGCACAGACCCUCGAAAAGAGCGCAAUCGACUUUGUUCAAUUUGAUUAGCAGCACCGAAUCGAUGGUCGCUGAUGAGGCAGAGUUCAUUCGUCAUUCUCCUGAUUUGGCAUCAAUUAUUCCCAGCGCCGAAGGUGGCUGGUUCAGUAAUUUCCUUGAGGACACGCUCAACCAGAUAUCACGAAGAGCAACAAAGUUCAUUUUUCGCUCUAAGGAACAAGCACUCCAGACCGGUGACGAGGAAUUACAGCUCGUGGAUUCACGACGCCUGGAUAUACUGCUACGUCUAGUCCUCACCAUCUUAGCGUCGACACUGUUACUUGUCCCUGUCUUCAUCCUUUUCGAGCUCCAACCAUCACACACCUCUGAGUUCGCUAUCUAUAUUUACCAGAGCGAAACGACAGGAAGGAAUACCAGCAACGUGGUAGUUGCGACCAACGGCCUAUUGAAUCAGCCUACUACGUAA